ACUCGUAAUCAUAGAUCAAAAUGUUAUAAUGAAAGCUAUUUUUAUGUUGUAAAAUCGGUUUGCAAAUUACAGUCGAAGAAAUCUUCAUCUGGGUUUUUUGGAGAAGAAGGGUUUUAGCUUUGACUUGUGAGCUCAAAAUCAUCAAUUCAUCAUCACCAUGAUUUUUGUGGAUGGAAAACCCUUUAACUCUUCGUCGUCGUUUUCAACGUCAUCGUCUGGGUCUCGGCCAUCGGAUCUGUUGGCGGCUUUGCUGGAACACCCCAUUCUGGUGGCUGCUACACGGUCUUUCAAGUCUAUCGAGGAGAGGAAAGUUUCCAAGUUACCAAAUUCAUCAAGCAACCCUAAAUAUGUGUACUUGUUCCAGAGAGAAUACGCCACUGUUGAUCCUUCACUUGUUCAUUUUGUUGGCACCGAUGAAGCCACAACUUGCGUGGGUGUUGCCAUUCGGAACCGGAAGAACGGAAUGACAUCUGUUGCCCAUAUGGAUUCUCCAAAAAUCGUGGAUACUGGCUUCUCCCAGAUGUUAAAGCUAGUUGUUGAUCACGAUUCAGAUGCAGAUUUAGAUGUGCAUUUAGUUGGCGGUUUUCAAGAUGUUCCACCCGACCAUGCUAGAGACCGAAGUAUGUCGAAGGGGAAACGAGUCAGUGGUUAUUCCAGUCCUUUAUGUAGAAAAAUUGUUGAAACCAUGCAGAAGAGAGUGGAAAAAUUUCACGUGAAGACUCUAUGUGUUCUUAGACAUAACACCAAAUACGAUUCUCAAGAAAAUGCAUAUCCCAUUUUCAAUGGGUUUCUGGUAGAAACUUCUUCUGGAUCCGUCUUCCCUGCCAGCUUUGAUAGAACUUCACGAUGUCCAGAUGAAAUUGUCCGGAGACUCCGAGUUUCUGCUUCGUAUGAAGACCCCUAUUGGCAAGGAAAAUUGCUGGAUACUUAUGACACUGAAACUGAUAGAUUCAUUAUUGCUCCUUGCAUUUGGACCAAUCGCCUGGUACAAAUUGUUAAGUCACUGCGAAAUCUUUCCGACUCCGACAUCCUUACCACAUGCUCUACUUCACCUCUGGCUGAGGGUCCAGACUUUGUGGAGAAUGAGAAAAGGUUGUGGGACUAUCUGAUUAGCAAUCAAGACUGGCUAGUAACGUUUCCGAUGGCGGAACCACGAGAAUUCGAGAGGACCGAUGAGGGUGGCUGGGAAAGGGUUGUGCCGAUCAAAAUCCAUUGACGAGCCUACUAGUAGUACAUCGUUGUAUGCAUCAUUGAGUUACAGAAACAUGACCACAUCUGUAUUGAUUCUCUUCAUAACAUUUCCCAUAGACAUGGGGUAUUGGUAAGGUAAAUAGAUGAUUGGAAACGGUAGGGUAAUAUUCUGUAGUUUGAUUUGUUAACUCUGAAAAUAAAUAUACUUGUUUGUGGA